CGGCUCCUAAGCAGAUAUCCCUCGUGUCGGACCGCCCUCUACCUAAGCUUCGCGAUGACUAUAUUUUGAUUAAAACGGUCAGCGUAGCACUGAACCCCACCGAUUGGAAACAUGUUGAAUUGGAGCUCGGGACCACUGGAUGCCUCGUCGGAUGUGACUACUCCGGGAUUGUUGAGGAGGUAGGUAAGGACGUCAAGAAACCCUUCCGCAAAGGUGAUCGAAUCUGCGGUGUUACCCAUGGCGCGAACGUUUUGGAGCUCGAAGACGGUGCCUUCGCUGAGUAUAUCGUUGCGAAAGGUGAUCUUCAGAUGCGCAUACCCGACUCGCUGAGCUUCCAAGAGGCAGCCACCUUGGGCGUCGGCAUCACCACGGUUGGGCAAGGGCUCUACCAAAGUCUGAAGUUAGCCUUGCCAACUGAGCCUAUCUCCCAGCCGGAGCCGAUUUUGAUUUACGGCGGCUCUACUGCCACCGGCUCUCUGGCUAUUCAGUAUGCCAAGCUUUCGGGCUACAAUGUCAUUACUACCUGCUCGCCUCACAACUUCGACUUUGUUAAGAAGCUAGGUGCAGAUGCUGUAUAUGACUACCGGGAUCCCAAGGCCGCUGCGGCUAUCCGUGAGGCUACCAACGAUAAUCUGAGACUGGUCUUUGACACUAUCUCUCUGGAGGACAGUGCGAAGUUCUGCGACAAAGCUCUUUCAACCAAGGGUGGCGAGUACAGCAAUAUACUGAAUAGCAAAAUCGAGCGUGAGAAUGUCAACGAUCGCGCUACCCUGGGCUACACCGUUGUUGGAGAGCCAAUCCAGUUCGGCGAUCUCGAAAUUCCUGCGAUACCCGAAGACAGAGAAUUCGCCGAGAUGUUCUGGAAACUCUCCGAGCCCUUGGUUGCACAGGGGAAGAUCAAGGUGCACCCGGUUAAGGUUUGCGCCGAUGGUUUGAGCGGUGUGCUGCAGGGGUUGGAAUUGCUGAAGGAGGACAAGGUUAGUGGGCAGAAGCUGGUGUAUAACGUGGCUGAAACUCCUUGAUUUUGGAUAUGGCCAGCUCUUUCC